AUGGCGACGCCUAGGAUCAAUUCUGCUUCUAGAACGCCAUCAAAUAGUGUAUUAAUACUUUCUACAGCAUUUACCUGUGCGUUGGUUUACAUAACGCUAUCGAUCGUUCUCGGCAGCUCUCAAAUCCCUAUUUUGGUAGUUGUGUUCAUUUGCACUAAUAUGUUAUCACGUACUGGGGUCUUUAAGAAUUUCAUAUCAAAACUAGACGUGUCCAAGGCUAUCGGUCAUCACUCUAUUCCAAGAAUUCCUAGUGUAGAGAACCCAAUUGGCCAUGAUCUUUUCCAGUCUAUAAGUGAGCAUUCAAGAAUUGAAAUAUUGUCGGCUAUAAAAUCGUUACAAGCGUAUUCUGACAACACAAAGAAUGUAAAUGACCGAAGAAGGAGGUUAUUCAAGAUGAUGACGUGGAGACAACAGAAGCUAUGUGAAGACGUUGGUUAUUUGAAGAAAUUGACAAAAAUCGAUCAGUCGAUAGCUUAUAAUCAGAAAAUAUUAUCAGCCAUUGCGGAUGGAGCUGUUAAGUCAUUUGGUAUAUCGUACAAGGAUUUUAAUUUAUUGAGAGGAUCCAACAAUAGCAAUACUUCAUCCACCAAUUACCGAGUGAUUGAAGCAUUGGGACAUUACAUACGAGAUUGGAGUCCUGAUGGAGAUGCGGAGUUGAAGCCGAUGAUGGAUUAUAUUACUGAGCAAUUGAAUCGUGUAAUCCCGGUACAGGAAAGACUGAAGACUUGUGUCAUUAUACCUGGUCUGGGGCUCGGGAGAAUUGCACAUGAAAUUGCAAGUAUUGGCACUGAUAUUGGGUCCAGCUUUGGUGCGGUUCACGCGAUAGAAUAUAGCGGAUUGAUGCAUUUAUGCAAUCAAUUUAUUUAUUCCUCUGAAAAUGAAGUAAAGAAUUAUGAUAUAUUUCCGUAUGUCCAUUCUUGUUCGAACUUCAUUGACAGUUCAUCUCAAUUUAGAUCGUCUGUUGUACAUAGUGGCCAAUCUAAGCCCGAAAAUUUAGAAUUAAACCAUGAAGACUUCCGUUAUUUUGAGAUUCCUAAUAAAUCGCAGUAUGAAAAUUUUGUGGUUGUUUCAGCUUUUUUCAUUGACACCGCUGAAAACUUAGUUAGUUAUUUGGAUACGAUUCAAGAAUUAACUACACCAAAUAGAAGAAAUGGCAUCAAGAAGGGCUAUUGGAUAAAUAUAGGUCCUUUAAAAUAUGGCACAGCUGCUCAAGUUGAGUUAAAUUCUGACGAAUUAAAGGAGAUUCGUAAAGCAAUGGGUUGGAAAGAUCUAAGUUCUCUUAAUAGUCUUAAUAGUUCUGAUAAUCAGCUAGUUGGAUAUAUGACCGAUAAGCAGAGUAUGUGGCAAGGAUAUUAUGGUUUAACCAUGUGGAAUACGGAGAGGAAGGAAAAUUCCAGAAAGUAA